AUGCCACCAACAAAACAGGCACCUACUCGCCAAGCGAUAACGCUGAAAGGUUCUACCAACCUGGUCACCGAAUUCUUCAAGUUCUCUGCCAAUACAAUCCUCUUCCAGCGUGGUGUUUACCCUGCAGAUGAUUUCCACAUGGUAAAGAAAUAUGGCCAAACAGUGCUCGUAACUCAAGACCUUGCUCUGGAGAACUACCUUGAGAAGAUCUUGCAGCAAGUCAACAGGUGGCUGCUCACAGGCUCCGUUACGCAGCUUGUGCUGGCCAUCAUAUCGAAGGAUUCACGUACAUCGCUUGAACGCUGGGUCUUUGACAUCAACCUUGUUGAACAGCCUGCCGGAUCAAAUGAACCGUCACCAGCAAAACCUGAAGCCGAGAUUCAGGCCGAAAUUCGAAACAUCUUAAAGCAAAUUGUUUCAACUGUCACGUUCCUACCCGUCAUUGACGAGCCGACUGUCUUCAACAUUCUUGCCUACACGUCAGAAUCCGCUGACAUCCCUGCUGACGAGUGGAUAGAUACCGAUCCACUGGCCAUUGAAGCUGGGAAGAGCCAGCAGGUGAAGUUGAGAAGUUUCAGCACGGACGUGCACCGAAUAGAGGCCAUGGUGGCAUACCGUUACGAAGGGUAA